AUGUCGUCGCCCCCGUCGGCGGCAGCGGCGGCGCCAUGGAAACGGCUGCUCCUCUCGGCGCUGGAGGCCAACGCCAACCUCAAGCACGCCCGCUUCUUCCAACUCGUAACCCCUCGCGUCCCAUUAACAGAGUUCGGAAUCGACUGGAUGUCCGCGUAUGGUGGUUCCUCAUAGUUCUUCCUCUCUCUGUGAUCUCAGGCGACGGUCGGCUCCAACGGCAGGCCUGCGAAUCGCACCGUGGUUUUCAGGUCCGCCGCUCUCUUCAUCCUCAUUCCCCAUGCUCUCCUCCCUCUCCUGCCAAUGCGAGCUUCUCCUCCCUCUCUUGCCGCAGGGGCUUCUCGGAGGGCUGCGACAAGAUCCAGAUCAACACCGAUUAUCGCAGCAACAAGGUCCGAACUCCCGUCUGUCUAUCUCGAUCGCUUGGUGGCGUCUAAUUGAACGUUCGCAAACAAAUUUGGGACUCUUGGAUCGACCGUUGCUAUUUUUGGCAGAUUGAAGAUCUGAAGAACUGCCCCUACGGAGAGGUAAUUCGAUCCGGAGGUAUCUUUUUUUCCUUUCUUAAUAACUAUUUACACUUGGAAUCGAGUUCUUCAGCUCCCCAUCGCUUCCAUUCUGUCUGGUUUCUGCUGAAACAUCCAAGUAUUUUCUCUCUCACGGAUCUGGAUGAGCAUAGUGUGCAGAUUUAGGGUUCAUGGUGGUGAUGGGGGUUACGUAAGUUGCCAUUAAGACACUCUGCUCCUCUGUUCAUAGAUCUGUUGGUACUUCACUGAUUCAUGGGAGCAAUUCCGCCUCCAUGGAAGGAUCGACAUCAUCGAUGGGUCAAACCCUGAUCCCGUGAAGCUUCAGGUCAUGAUCCCCCAUCCAACCUUUCUCAUAAUCUCAAAAGAAAAAAAAAAACUUUAUUUUAGUGCAAUUUAUUUCCAUUCAAACUCUUCGCAUAAAUCCAAGAAACAUCUGUUGAUUCGAUUUCGGAUGAGAAAAACAGAAGGGAUUGGAUAAUUUUAUUUUCACCAAUUAUUUCCAUCAAAAUUACUGAGAUUACACUCUUUUUAUGCUGGUUUUAGUGAGAUUCUUUUUUUUACUGAAAUUUUAUCCGGAAUGGGGGGAAAGUAUAUGAUAUCAGUUGAAAUUAACCAUCCAUUCGGUCAAGAAAUUUGAUUUUCAUCAAUUAAUUGAUCUUCAAAAUUGGAUUAUUUUUGUUAUUGAAAUUACCUGAAAUGGCCGACUCCAGCUUUUAAUGUUUUUAUUGGAUACCCAUUUAUUGCAUUACCCAAUGAAUAUAUUGCAGUUUAUUUAUUCGACCGUGCAUGGAAUUUCCUUAUGAUAUUCGAUUCUUGAGAGGCAGUGGAACAAUUCACCUGACUAAUUACUUGGUGUUUUUUUAUAUAUUAGUUUUCAGAAGUCCUUGAUCAUAUGGUCAUAUAUUCCUUCCUUUACCUAAGUUUUUAUUUAAUAAAUAUUUGGCAUAAUGUUGUUAGAAAAUAUAUAUAUCUAAUAUACGCCAUGAGCUGUGCAGCGAAGGGAGAAAUCCUGGUUUGCGAGCUCAUUAAGCUCAAGAUUCCAGUACUUGGCGCCUCACCCGGGCCUCCCUCGCAUACUGGAAGAACCCAAGGGGGGUGUUGACCUUGACCCAUCCAAAGGCCCAGUUAGUGCGUUCUGCCUUCUACAGUUUGACCCAGAACAGGUUUGAUGAUCCAUUGACUUCGCCUUGGGAUCAACCUCUGGUCGUCUUUUGCUUUUGUACAUAAUUCGUGUGGAUAAACACUCUUAACUUUAUUCAUUUUCUAUCAGGUUGAUUACUUAAAUUUGAGGAGCAAUGAGAGGGUGAUGUUUACAUCCGAACAAAUCGGCAACGGUGGGAAGCACUGGAUGCUCCAGGAAGUCAACCCUUGA